ACAACAAAACACAAUUCAAGCAAUUAAGCAAGGCAAGAAAGCAGAUAUAAGAAUGGCUACUAGUAAUGAUGGGAGUCAGCUCAAACCAGUUGCAUCUCUUCUUCUGGGGCUGAAUUUCUGUAUGUAUGUUGUCCUCUUGUCCAUUGGUGGCUGGGCUAUGAACAGAGCCAUCGAUCAUGGCUUCAUCAUUGGUCCGGACCUUAAGCUCCCAGCGGGUUUCACCCCGAUAUACUUUCCCAUAGGGAAUGCAGCCACCGGAUUCUUCGUCACGUUUUCUUUGAUCGCUGGAGCGGUUGGAGUGGCAUCGGUCCUCGCCGGAAUAAACCAUAUAACGCAUUGGAACUCUAAGAGUGUGUCCGGUGCUGCUUCUGCUGCCAUCAUCGCCUGGACUCUUACUGCCCUUGCCAUGGGGUUUGCUUGGAAAGAGAUUGAGCUAAACUAUAGGAAUGCCAGGCUGAGAACAAUGGAAGCAUUCACCAUCAUCCUCACAGUUACUCAGUUGUUGUACAUACUGGUCAUCCAUGAUCCAGCAAGAACUCGAUAAUAUCAUAUUUGGUGUGUCAAUGAAUUGUGUGCAGUGUGAUUGAUACCAUUUCUUUUGAGUGUACAUUCUUUAUUUAUUUUUCAAUUGUCAUAAUUUUCCAUCAUUAGUUCAUUGGAACUAUAUAUGUAAUGCGGCAAAAUAAUGCAUUAGUGCGCUACGCCACUACUUGAUUGUAUUUAAUUUGUGAGAGUAAACAAGCAAUGAAUGUCCAUGUAUUGUAUUUUUUUUACUCGAUUUCAUUUUGUAUACGAAAAUUAAGGUGUGAUCUUAAUACGAGUAUUUAUCUCUCUAAAUAAAUCUCAAAUUAAUUAUGUAAC